GCAAGCACUGUGCAUGAUGGAGCAAUUGAGUUAGGUACAUCUGCCGGCUCUUAUACCCGUACCAAGCAAUCAGAAACGUUAGACAGUGGGAUCGAGUCGGAGCAUAGAGAAAACGUUCUUGAUAGUGUGAGCACAGCUUCUGAUGGGAAGGAAAAUGAACCAGUUCCUGAUGGCAAGGAAAAUGAGCCAAUCCACAUUGAGUCCAUGAAUACCGACAGCAUCGAAAAAGCUGUAGAUGCAAAAGAAGAACUGAAGUCUACGGCUCCUCCACAUGACACAGAGCACAUUAUCAAGCCAGUCGAGCAUCCUCGGUACUUCAACGUCAAGGAGUUGACCCCGGAACCGGAAGUGGAAACGCAGCCUCCAGAAGCAAUCCGUGAAGUGCUCGAUCAAAGUCAUGAUGACAUCUUCAGCAAUGGCGAACAUGAGGAGCAGGAUGUAGAUGUACUGAUCCGUGCUAGAGAUUUGGAAUAUCGGGCGGAUCCAAAUAUAGGAACAUCUCUACAUGACGAGUUAUUCCAUGCAGAUGUGGCUCCUAGCAGUAAUAGCUUGUUGAAUAGGAGCUGGAAAAAGCCGAAGACAAGCCUGGUGGUGUUUUCAGCCUGA